CGAUUACUUUUGAUUUGCUGAAAACGUUUGUCAGCAUGUCGGAAACUGCGCCUGUUGCAGCUCCUGCUGUCUCCGCUCCUGGGACAAAAACCUCUACUAAAAAACCGAAGAAGGCAGCAGCUAGUGCUAAAGCCCGCAAGCCUCCAGGUCCCAGCGUGACCGAGCUGAUCACCAAGGCGGUGUCCGCUUCCAAGGAGCGCAAAGGGCUUUCCUUAGCCGCUCUUAAGAAGGCUCUGGCCGCCGGAGGGUACGAUGUGGAGAAAAACAACAGCCGCAUCAAGGUAGGAUUAAAGAGCCUGGUGAGCAAAGGCAUUUUGGUGCAGACAAAAGGUACCGGUGCUUCUGGUUCUUUCAAACUCAACAAGAAGCCUGGUGAGAUUAAGGAGAAGGCGCCGAAGAAAAAACCAGCGGCAAAGCCUAAGAAACCAGCUGCCAAGAAGCCCGCCAGCGCCGCCAAGAAACCCAAAAAGGCUGCGGUGGCGAAAAAGAGCCCGAAAAAAGUCAAGAAACCAGCGGCUUCUGCAGUCAAGAAAGGGGCCAAAAGCCCGAAAAAAGUGAAAGCCGCCAAGCCCAAGAAAGCAGCUAAGAGCCCGGCUAAGGCGGUGAAACCAAAAGCUGCCAAGCCCAAGCCAACAAAGGCCAAAACAGCGAAGGCGAAGAGGGCAGCGCCCAAAAAAUAAAGUGUAAAUUUGAAAAGGAAAUUUCUGACCCAACGGCUCUUUUAAGAGCCACCCCCAAGUUUCAGAAAAAGAGCAAAAUCGCUGACACUCGGAAACUUCGUAGGUGGUUUGAAAGUAUCCUGAGUACUCGCUUUGUUACAUAGGUUGGGUACAGGGAGUGUGUAUUUAAUGCUCGCUCUUUCUGGUGUACCCUUGGGAUGGCUUCCUGGGCAGUUUUAAUUAAAAAAGAUUAGACGGUGAAGACGGUUGUAGCGCCGGGCAGCUAUCGAUAAAACCCCCUUACGGUGGCGCUGUUCUGGGUACCUAUGAGUCAGCUGGUUAGGGGCGGGGUCCUUGGCUCCCAGUAGAUUUCUAGACUAGUGCUUCGUUCUAACCAUUUCUACCAAUACUGACAAAAUAAGAAACCGAGAACUACGAACUUUCUCCGUCCUGUUUGGUUAUCUCCUCUCUUAUUGGCUGAUAGUUCGUAUAUGGCUAAAUCUUAUUGGACACAUCCAAAUUUUUGAAAACCCCGCGCGCUCUGAGAAGAGCGCCCUUCCCUUUCUCUGAUUUGAUUGAUCACAAAAACUGUCGUCACCAAUGACUCCCGAUCCUUGAAAUGCUCGCUCCCUGAAGGAUUCUGAUUUUCCUAUUUCCAACCCCAUCCCCCUAAAGCAUCCGUCUUUCAAAUACUUUCCACCAACGAUUAGAGACAAGGUGGGUGAGAAUAUCUUUAAGCUUGUCUCUCUCACCAAUAGAACUUGGUACAACAUAAGAUAUCUGACCCACCUUGUCGCUAAUAUCCUGGGACAGACACGGCUACAAAACUGCAUUUCCCAUCCCAACUAUAUAGUUAUUGCCCGAUUACUGAAAUCUAUUUUUUCUCUCUCUCUCUCUCUGUAUCACACAGUAUCACAUAUUGUACUUGUCUCACUGUUUCAUGUUCAGACUGACCUAUUUAUGACUUCUGAACACUAGUCCCAGAGAACCCGCAUGGAGGUAGACCAGGUUUUUUUUUAUGUAUUCAUAUUUCCAUUCUUGUAUUAAUUCGGAAUGAUUUAAAGGGGAGAGGAGUGAGCUAAAAACUCCUUUCCCCUCAGAUUGAUUGGGUAUGUAAUCCAGAACCCACCAAUUCUUCUCUUUACAUUUAACGUGUAGAUUAAGGACAGAUGGAGAAUGUACCUGGAUUCAUUUACAAUACUUCCAUAAACUGUUUCCUCGUAUUUUUCUUAUUUCACAACACAAAUGUAUCCUAGAACCAAGACGUUUCUUAGGCUUACUGUUUUGGAUUAAAUAAUUUCUU